AUGAGCCAGUCACCACCAAUCACUCAAGUUAGUCCUGAAAGUGAGAAUGUAACUUCAAAUCUAAUAACGCAAGUUACUGAAUCAAAACAUUUACCUAACACAAAGCCAGAAGAUAAAGAUUCGGCAAUCAAUUCCACUCCUUCAAAAACCAUAUCGAAUUCAACAAGUAAUAUCUCUGCUACGAUUGUAAACACAAGUCCGUCUCCCCCUGCAAGCCCUAAAUCAUCAUCAUCAUCAAAUCUAAGAGCUAUGCAUCGAAUUUCUCCACGUUCUUUAACUGUCAAUACAAAUAUUAUAAAACCACAAUCCAAUGAUGUUGAUGAUGAUAAGGUAAUUGAAGAAAAAACAAAAACUAGUCAAACAACUAUUAAUGGUGAUGAUAUCAAUAUACCUGAAUCUGCAGCGAUAGAAAAAAAAAGUGAAGAAAAAGAGAUUGAUUGUAAAUGGCUACUUGAUCCAAUAGGUUCAGAACAUAUGGGUAGAAAAUGUUUAGUAUUGGAUUUAGACGAAACUCUAGUACACAGUUCCUUUAAGAUGAUUAGUCAAGCGGAUUUUGUUGUACCAGUAGAAAUUGAAAAUCAAAUACAUAAUGUUUAUGUAAUUAAGCGUCCAGGGGUUGAUCGGUUUCUGAAAAAAAUGGGUGAAUUAUAUGAAGUGGUUGUUUUCACAGCAAGUUUAUCAAAGGAUCUUUCACAGCUGGGAAGAGAACUUAGAGAUACAAUUAUAAUUGACAAUUCGCCAGCUAGUUACAUUUUUCAUCCAAAAAAUGCAGUUCCAAUUUCAUCAUGGUUUAAUGAUCCACAUGACACUGAAUUGUUAGAUUUGAUACCAUUUUUGGAGGACUUGACAGCAGUAGAUGAUGUUACUAUGGUAUUGGACUCUUCCAAUGAACUACAUAGAUGUGAUUGUGGAGAGGUUGUGGAAAUAUUGAUUGAAUCGGAUUUGAUAGCAAAUAAUAAUAGUAGCAAUUAUGACAGUAAAAUGGUGGAAGGAGCAGGCUCAAAUGAAGUCGAAGAGAAUAUUACUGAAGAAAAGGUUAGUACUGGUGACGCUUUAGAAAGUGUUAAUAAA